GCGGGUCCAGGUAGAGCUGCCUUGCGGCGGCGCGGAAGCCCUGCUUCGGGGCUAGGUCGGGUUCAGGUAGGGCGGACGGAGGGGCGGCGGAGGGGGCAGGGCGGCCGCCAUGAGGUACUGCCGCCUCUGCGCCUUCGACGCAGACCGGGGACCCAGGCGGCUCAUGCGCGUGGGCCUCGCGCUGCUCCUGGUGGGCCACGUGAACCUCCUGGUGGGAGCUGUGCUGCAUGGGACUGUCCUGCGGCAUGUGGCCAACCCCCGUGGGGCCGUCACGCCGGAGUAUACCACCGCCAAUGUCAUCUCCGUGGGCUCGGGACUGCUGAGCGUUUCCGUGGGACUUGUGGCCCUUUUGGCAUCCAGGAAUCUUCUUCGCCCACGACUGCACUGGGCCCUGCUGAUGCUGGCCUUGGCGAACCUGCUCUUGUCUGCUGCCUGCUCCAUGGGCCUCCUCCUUGCUGUGUCGCUCACUGUUGCCAAUGGUGGCCGCCGUCUUAUUGCUGAUUGCCAUCCAGGACUGCUGGAUUCUUCCAUACCGCUGGACCAGGGGCCUGGACACACUGACUGUCCCUUUGAUCCCACAAGAAUUUAUGAUACAGCCUUGGCUCUCUGGAUCCCUUCUCUGUUCAUGUCUGCAGCGGAGGCUGCUCUUUCUGGUUACUGUUGUGUGGCUGCACUCACCCUACGGGGAAUUGGGCCCUGCAGGAAGGAAGGGUUGCAGGAACAGCUGAAGGAACUGACAGAGUUUGAACCGCCUGAGUGUAAAAGGCAGGAAAAUGUUCAGCUCCUCCGUCACCAUCAGGAUCUCCAGGCCUCACAGAAAACCUGGGUUUAGGAAAGCUGGGGACCUACAGCCCGAACUACUUCCAGACUGCGCUGAGGAGGCAGGAACUUGAUGGACAGCUCAGCCGCCUGAGUGGUUGAAUAGAGGAUGGAAAUAGAUCAAGAAACAAAGCCUGCCAAUGUGUCUUGGCCUUCAUGUUUUUCUACUCCAGCUUUCACCUUUCUUGUGAUCCUUCCCCGUCCUCCAUCGACCCUCCUAGGCUAAGCAUGGCAACUGAAUCUUUGGGCUGACCACCACUGAACCUAUCUAAUGUCUCCCUUGGCUCACUGCAAGUCUUCAGACACUUGCUUUGCUGUCUUGGUAGCACAGUAUAAAGAAAACUGAAACGAGAAUUGUAGGAAAACCUGCAAUUUGUGAGCCUCAGGUUAGUGAUGGUCACUGGAAAACUAUUUGUGAGCCUCAGGUUAGUGAUGGUCACUGGAUUUUGAAAAUAAUAUAAAAAGAGAAUGGCAAAUACCAGUAAUAUUAAGUUCAACAAGUAUUAUGUUGAAAUGUCAAUAUUUUAAAGAUUUUACUGUUUUUUUGUUGUUGUUGUUGUUGUUGUUUGGUUUCUCUAUGUAGUCUUGGCUGUCCUCACUUUGUAGACCAGGCUGGCCUCAAACUCACAGUGAUCCACCUGCUUUCCCUCCCCGAGUGCAGGGAUUAAAGGCAUGUGCCAUCAUGA